AUGACCGUGGACGCUGCUGCCGCAUUUGUGCUGCCCCUGCCAAACUUAGAGGCUCGCCGCGCAGAUGCCUUAACGGGGGCCCACGCUGCAGCGCAUAGCUUUCAGCAUCUUCGAUAUCAGCCUCUGCAAGCCUAUUCCGUCGGAUGCACUAGCGGCCUUGCCUUGAGCUCUCUGGGGCUGGCUGCUUCGGCCCGGCAAACGCGACGACGCACACGAUUGGCUCCCCUGGCAGCUUCUCGGAGCUUUGCACCACCCCGGACGACUCGACCGGACGAUGGAAGGCACUGGGAGACCUCCGUGUGCCACAUCGGUCCCGCUUCUACUGAGCCAAAGAAGCUGCGUGUGGUGGGCUAUGAGGCCAGUGGCAUCCAGGCCAUGUCACUGUCGGACGAGACACUUUUUGUUGGUGCUGCUGGUCGCGUGAGAGCAAUGGAUGUCUCCAGCGGCGGUCAUGCUGGGGAGUUUGCCGAGGGCUCACACAUGCCCCACGAGACGAAGGAGCUUUGGUCCGGGUUCGCUGAUGGGCAGAGGCUGAUCGUUGCUGGGAGAUCCGACGGCAAACUCGUGGGCUGGAGAUGCGGUCUUACCACUGCAACCUUGGCUUUCAACAGCCACAGCCAGCAAGGACAGCCCAUCACCGGCCUUGUGGAGUCAGAGGGCUUGCUGGCCAGCAGUACCACGGACGGGACGAUCCAUUUUUGGAACGUUGCCGACAUAGCGAAUGACACCAUCAACCUUGAGAGAACAGAAACAACCUGCGGCAAGCCUGUGCUUUGCCUCGCAUCGGGACAAGGGGCCAUAUACGCGGGCUGCGAGGACGGGUCAGUGUUCAGGAUAUCUGGUGGUUCCGAUCCAGAGGAGGUGUUCAAGUCCGAUGGGCCAGUGACGGCAUUGGCAUGCGGCCCUGCAAGUGGCUCCCUAAUUCUGGGACAUGUCGAUGGCCGCAUGGUCCAGACUCUGGAAGACGGAACGCCGCUGGAGAUGGCUGCUUUCCAUACUGACCAGGUGCGCUUUCUCCAAAAACUGAGCAGAGGUGUGCUGAGCAUUGCCGCAGAUGGUCGGCUUGGUUUUUGGGAGGAAGACGAGGGCAGCAUACAGCCACAAUGGGGUUUCCGGGGCCUUCCUGCGAGAACUAUAGCUGCUGCGGAUGACACGCAGAUCUUUCUGACGUGCUUCAUCAAUUCUCAUACUCCAGGCAAUCGUGUUCUAGACAGCUCUUGGAAGCGAUCUGACACAGACUUUGACGAGGUGGCUCCGGCCUGCGAGGCCAUCUUGCAAGUCAGCCUCUAG